AUGCAUCGUCAAGUGGUUCAGGCCCUCUUGUUUUCUUCUCUUGCCAGCCAUGGCUUGGCUGCUGGAAACUCAUAUGACUUGAAACUUCACCUACCCAACGAGAAGCCGGCUUGGGCAGAGAAGCUCUCCCCUCACCUCGCCGGCUUCAGCAUUGAGAUGGACCGUUGGCCCGACUGGGCCGGCCAGAGAGUUGGAAAGCCAAACGAGUACUUCAACCAACUUCUGCGCAACCUGGGCGAGAGAACAGGCCACAUGCCAUUUCUACGUGUGGGUGCCAACUCUGAAGACCGUUCAACCGUCGACCUGGGGAUCGAGAUCAUGAACUCGACCUUCCCGGAGCCCACUAAGAAAGUCCCCAACCCAGAGGCGGACCACAACUACAUCGGGCGUGACUUUUAUGCCCUGUCAGGCAACCUGCCCGCUGGGACUCCCUUCAUGUGGGGGAUCAACCUCAAGUAUCUCAACAAGACCGAAACGGUGGCUCAGGCUCGUCUGCUGGCUGAGACGUUUCAAGGCGAGCGUGCACGUCUCACAAAGCAUGUGAAGCUUGUCAACGUCGAGAUUGGCAAUGAGCCUGAUUUUUACGGCACAUCUCGAUUCAACCCCAAUGGCACCUAUGGCCCCGAAUGGGACGUCUUCAACUACACCACCACUUGGCUAGAGUUCGCCAGAGCCAUCAGCAAGGAGAUUGACUUUGGCUGUGGAGGCUCUGGCAAGCCGACUCUGUCGCCUGGUGCCUUCACCACCUUCGUGGCCCCCGAAUGGACUCCAGCCGGCCCGCUUGACGCUGGCUUGCUCGACGAUGCUGGACUCAAGUGCAAGAUCUCGCAGUUUUCGGAGCACUCAUACUCUGGAGUGUUUAAUCCCGAUCUCGUCGUCCGACCUGGAGAGUUGAUGGAUAAAAUUAGUGUCCGCGCCAAUUUCACCACCAGAACCAGUCAGCGAUCUGCUGUUCGGGCCUCAGGCUUAAAGUAUCUGCUAGCUGAGACAAACUCGUAUGCCAACCAUGGUCAGCCAGGGCUGAGCAAUACGGUAGAGAGCGCCCUCUGGGCCGCCGACUGGAUGCUUCUUGCAGCUUCAUCAGGAGUCGAGCGAGUGCACUUUCACCAGGGCAAGGGCUUCCGUUACAACGCCAUUCAACCGACCAACGACUCGGAGGACGGGCUGAACAUCACCCACCCACACAUUCUGCCCUCUUACCACGCGCUGCUGAUCGUUAAUGAGGCCAUUGGGAAAUCUGGACAUUCUUACGUCGCCGAGAUCCCGACGUCAAACAUAACCCUUACCGCGUAUGGCAUCUGGGAGAAACAGCAGCUCGCUCGUGUUGUGGUGCUCAACACCCAGGUCUAUCUUGGCGAGGGAGAGAGGCCGAGCAUCAACGUGAACCUCGCCGGUCUUGACACAGAUACUCCCGCCACGCUGAAGCUCCUGCGGUCGGAGAAGACGACAGCUCAUACAGGACUUACGUGGGCUGGGCAGAGCUUCGAGACCCUCUCUGGUAGGCCGGAAGGGGAUGUGAAGGAUGAAAAGGUCACUGGCGGGCGAUUUAAUCUCCCAGCAUCUUCCAUCGCACUGCUUACCUUUGGAAAGAAGUAG